CCACGCAGUCUUUGUCUGUCCGUCGUCGGAGGACGCGAGCGAGAGCUUUUUUUUUGCCUACGAAAAUCACUGCUAGUGAUGUCGGUUUGAAGUGAACUGUGGUGUCCUUCUCAAAUUUUCUAAAUAAAAGAGAUCGAGAAGAUGUUCUGCGGCGGCAGCUUCAGGGCGCGAAUCGUCGAUGAGAAUGAUCACUACAGGGUGGUCAACGUGCAUAAUAGACAGGUCAAAUUGCCGGCGAGGAGGCAGGACGACAUUCCAGGAGAUACGGCAUCAUCAGCAGGAACCGGAGGUCGCGAUUUCUUACAGAAGCGCUUCAGCCUCGACACCGACAGAAGGACCGGACAUCAGUCCAAAUCCAGAACGGGUCUGGAUGCAAGCAGUUCCAGCAAUCAGCUGCUGAGGGCGAACGUCGCGGAGAUCGGUGCUCCCCGGAUUGAUAGCUACCGUUUCUCCAUGGCUAACCUAGAGGAUUCUCCCGAGGUGGACCUGGACGCCAUCCUCGGCGAGUUGUGCGCUUUGGAGACGCAGGUCGAUAAGGAGAUCGGCGAUGUCAAGAGACAAUCAGAUUCGCAGAAGUUGAGUCAGCAUCUAUCCCGCACGCACACCAGGUCUUCGUCGGAGGGACCGAGGAUGAAUCCGGCCGACGAGGCGCUUAUGAUGAAGGCGGAUUCGGAUAGGAGGACGGAUUCUCCAGAUAACGAUUCCGCCUUCAGCGAUACCGUCAGCAUGUUAUCCAGUGAGUCUUCGGCUAGUAGCGGCGGCAGCGGAUCCAAACCACAAUCCUUGCAACUACCAAAAUUACCAAUUCAGGAUGAGGCGACGAAAGUGAAAGCCGAGAAGAUCAGGAUGGCCAUGGAAAAGAUCAAAGAGGCGAACAUCCAGAAGUUGUUCGUGAAGGUGUUCACUGUCGACGGUUCAGCCAAAUCCCUGCUGGUCGAUGAGAAGAUGACCUGCGAUCACGUGACCAGACUUCUGGCCGACAAGAAUCACGUGCAAAUGGAUCCCAAGUGGGCGCUGGUCGAGCACAUACCAGACCUCUACAUGGAACGCACCUACGAGGAUCACGAGUUGCUAGUUGAAAAUCUGCUGCUGUGGACGCGCGAAUCCAAAAACAAAAUCUACUUCGUCGAGAGACCUGAGAAGACAGUACUUUUCAUGCAACCGGAACGCUUCCUGCUGGGCUCCGGCGAUAAGAGACAGAUCGUCGAAUACGAUGAACACCAGAGAAGUCUCCUUCUCGAGGACUUCUUCGCGUCGGGACGUUCCACCGCCUUCCACAUUCCCGAGAUCGAGGGUCCUCUCUACCUUAAGUCCGAAUCGAAGAAGGGCUGGAAGAAAUACUACUUUGUCCUGAGGGCGUCCGGCCUGUAUUACGUACACAAGGAGAAGCUGAAGAACACAAAAGAUCUAGUGUGUCUCGCCACGUUCGACAUGAACCAGAUGUACUACGGCUUAGGCUGGAAAAAGAAAUACAAAGCGCCCACAGACUUCUGCUUCGCCAUCAAACAUCCGCGACUUCAGGAACCGAAGAGCACCAAGUUCAUAAAAUACUUAUGUGCCGAGGACCAGCAGACUUUGGAGAAAUGGAUGGUCGGAAUUCGGAUCGCCAAGUACGGCAAGCAGCUGAUGGACAAUUACAGAUGUCUCAUGGAUGAAUUGGCGCAGGAAGAUUUGGACCUCUUGGCGCACGCCAGGAGCUGCUCGGUCAGUUCCAUCGCCGUUCCCAGUCUUGUUACAACACCGACUCAAAGAUUUAGUUAUUCAGCGAGCGAUGGCUACGGUACGCAAAGCGAAACUUACUCUUCGGCACCAAGUGAGAUCAGCUCUGGAAGAUUGAGUAGAGCCAGCAGCUCCAGUUCCAGCGGAUGUAUGUCCGAUGGUGCGCCAUCCAGUUGCGAAAACGCAUUCGAUUCAGAAUUUCCCAUGGGUACCAUCAAAAGAAAGCCAUCAAUGAAACCGAGUUUACCGUUGACGAGUAUCACACGUCAGCUGAAGGAGGUUGGUGAGACCAGGGACGAGGUGGACGCAACUCUGCCAACGAGUCCAGUUUCUUACACAAACACAGGAACUCUGACGAGACGACACAGCCGUAGGAAAUCGAACUCGGACGAUUCGGGUUCGAAUUCUGGAACGUUGAAGAGGCAACAUUCGUACAAGUCGCGCGGUUCCAUCGAAUCGAUGGGCAACAGGAGUGGAAAUACCACUCCUCUCUGCGGCAACUCCAGUCCACUGUGCGGCACGCCGGUGAGGGAAAGGGCGUCACCGUUCGGCGAGCGCAGCGAUUCGUUCUCACCGGACUCCGCCCAUCCACCGAUCCGCAGCCCGACCAGUAUCGUGGACAUGCCCUCCAUGACUGACUCGAUAAUAUCGCUGCCUCCGCCGCCGGAGGAAACAGGAGAGAUCAGCGCCGACUGCCAAUCUCUGCAGCUUCCGCCACCGCCCCCCGAUCUCUACAACUCCAACCAAUCACUGGAUAGUCUUCCGCCACCUCCAAGCGAUCUUCCGCCCCUCUCCGAGAAUGAGUUAACCGGUAGUCAACUUUCGUUAAUGUCGCUGCCGCCGUUGCCCAGCGACGACACUGGAACGAUACGUCGGAGGAAGGACAGCUCGGCGACGGCCACGCCCACCAACGUGCUCAGUCCAGAACGCACACCUACCAUGUCGCCCACGCCAACUUGCGACUCAGAAUCGAGUACGCCUACUCAAGGCAAAGUUUUCGAUCUGUCCACCGAGGAUCACUACAAAUCGUUGCCCAACUCCGGAAGUCUGAGAUCCUCGAUGCGGCAUUCCGCCACAAAUUACUACUCGGACAGUUUGCCACUGCGCGAGACCAGCCCCAAGAAGAACAAAAAGAAGAUCAGCUUCAAUCUGGGAGGCUUCCAGGAGGUGACGACGACGUCACCUCCGGUCGCUCCUAUCCUUCCGAAGAAACCACCACCGCCGAAGAGGUCAGAGAGUACGCGAUUGUCCAGUCCGAAGAAGCUGCAGGAUCCACCGACGGAUUUCCUGAAGGACUUGCAACGUGUCAUGCGGAAGAAGUGGCAGGUGGCGCAGAAGUGCAAGGAGGAGCCGGCAACGACGCCGCACGAAGUGCUCGGCUUCAGGGAUCCUCCGGCCGUUCUCCCCGACUAUAAGGAAACAAACGUCAGCAAUUGGGUGCAGGAGCAUUACGGGGCCAACAACUUCUAUGAGAACGUUUACAGGGUGUUCGAAGUGGCCGAGUACAGCUGCAGUCCGGUGCACGUGCGGAAUUCGGCCGAUAUGUCUCGGGGGCGUCGACCGCCUCCGCCACCUCCGAAACGAAGUGAAACUACGCACUUGAGUUCGGUUAAAAUGCACUAAAGGAUCUCUCCGAAAACAGAGAACAACAAACCUAACAAAUGACAUUUAUAUUGUGAUUUAUAUAAGUAAACAAAAACAGACUAUUUGAUAUCGUGCCAUUUAUUAAGUCUUUGUUUCUAGACGAUUAUUCAUUAUCGUUUCCAAACGCGCGCGCCCUCCUUGCGAGAAUUCAAGAACUCUCCAAGGAGACAACUAACAAUUGAUUAACCUAAAUAUAUAUAUAGUUAUCUAUAUAACAAUAUAACAAAUAUGAUUUGUAAAUAAUUUCACUUGAGUUACUUUUUUUUAGUUCGUCUUCUGCGAAUUUUUUUAGUUGUCCUUCAUUAUUGUUUUAUUUUUCCUUUUUAAAUGUCAAACAUUUAACGUUAUGGUGCUUCUAGUUAGAAUGAAACAAUUAGAGAUGAAAUUUUUAAUGGAAAUUUUUGUAACGUUUGUUCAUUCACUGAACGACGAAUUAAUUAAAGAAAUUAUAUGGAUGACGAUGGUAGUUGGAGCGGCGGUAAAAUGUUUAUUAUUGAUUAAUCUAUUAUGGAGAAGAAAACACUAAUAAUAAUAAUUAUUAUUAUUAUAUAUGUAUACAGGGGAUUAAAUAAUGCCAAUCGUGUUUUUAUUUCUAGUUGUCGCGAGACGCAGUUCAUCCUUACAUUAUUUUGGAAAUACUUACAAUUUUGUAUAUAGUAUUAAGUGAUAAGGCUGUUUCAUAAUAUUUAUAUUGUUUUAUUUUAUAUAUUUUUUUUGUUUGUUUUGUGUCCUUCCGAUCUAUGCGCCGGGCUUGCGCCGCCCUGUAUAUAUUACAUAUACAUAUAUUGAGUGUCUGUUUAGUUUUUAGAUUUUUAUACGAGACAAUUUUUUUAUAUAUAUUUAUACAAUCGUAUACAAAGAUCUCGCCUCUCCUAAACAAAACAAAUAUGAAGAAGAAUAUGAAACAAACUAAUGGUGUGUUCUUUGUUUUUCUACUUUUUAUCUUUGAUGAAAUGAUGAUAAUAUAGCAUCUUCUUGUAUAUUAUGAUACAAUAUACACACACACAACUUAUUAUUUAUUUCAUU